AAAUGCAAUAGCAGCCCGCAGCGUGGGAAGAUGAGAAAGCAGCAGCAAAGGCACUGAUGGUUCAGUCUCUGUGCGGGUGAGCUCCGCGGAGCAAGGGCUGAAUAGAGGGGAGGACCAAGGAGUUUAAAGAGUGAGCACACUCAGAGAAAAGGCAGGGAUUAUACUCCUGUUUCUUUCUGGAGUAACAAUCAAAGGGAAAAGGUGUUUUCAGAACUUUUGGGCUGUGUGGAAGGGACAACAAAAAUUGUGGGCUAUGUUUAAGUGCUGGUCCCUGAAACAGCAGUGAAACCCUUGCUGCCCUGGUGAUAGCAGAGGAAAGCAGUCCCAGAGAUUGCUGGCUGGUGAAAUAAGCUGCACAGAGGAGAAGCACCCUCUUGGCAAGACCUUGCAGAGAGCACUGGAUCACUGGAUGUGUUCUGUCUUUGGGCUCAACACACACAUUUUAGGGAGCUGUUGGAUGCUGCCAUAUGGGGUGCAACCCUUAAGUGAUAAUUCGUGACAAUGCAGAUGUAUAUGUCAAGCAGCGUUCUCUGUUCCUGCAGUCCGUGGGCAGCAGGUGGGACAACAUCUCUCUUGGAAACAACCUGCAGCUGCUAUUCCCUGCACCCUGCUGCAAUUAAGCCCUCAUUAGGAACUGGUGAAUAAUUCUGCUGUUCCCCGCUCCUGUUCUUGAUCCCUCCCUCCUUUAAAAGGAAGGCAUGACACAGAUAAAGGUGGGGCUUUGCCAGCUCAAGUAUUUCAAAGCCUUCCUCUUGGAGUCAUGAUUGCAGAAGGAGUCCUGGGGCAUAUUCUGGAGACUUUGGUUUCCAUGGGCAGCAUGAGGCACCGAAGAAAUGGCAAUUUUGAGAGUUCCAGACUCCUCUAUUCCAGCAUGUCUCGCAGCAUAGACGUGGCUUGCAGCGAUGCUGAUUUGGCCAACUUCAUCCAAGAAAACUUUAAGAAGAGAGAAUGUGUCUUUUUUACAAAGGACACCAAGUCAAUGGGUAACUUGUGUAAAUGUGGAUACCCUGAAAAUCAGCACAUAGAGGGCACCCAGGUUAACACCACUGAAAAAUGGAACUACAAGAAGCACACAAAGGAGCUUCCUACUGAUGCCUUCGGGGACAUUCAGUUUGAAAACUUGGGAAAAAGAGGAAAGUACAUCCGCCUGUCGUGUGACACCGACUCAGAGACACUCUACGAUCUCAUGACCCAGCACUGGCACCUGAAAACCCCAAACCUCGUCAUCUCUGUCACUGGCGGCGCCAAGAACUUCGCGCUCAAGCCCCGCAUGCGCAAGAUAUUCAGCAGGCUGAUCUACAUCGCCCAGUCCAAGGGAGCUUGGAUUUUCACUGGGGGGACGCACUACGGGCUGAUGAAGUAUAUUGGGGAGGUGGUCAGAGACAACACCAUCAGCCGCAGCUCCGAGGAGAACGUGGUGGCCAUCGGCAUCGCGGCCUGGGGCAUGAUCUCCAACCGGGAAACCCUCAUCCGCACGGCCGACAGUGAUGGGAGCUUCCUGGCCCGCUACAUCAUGGAUGACCUGAAGAGAGACCCCCUGUACUGCCUGGACAACAACCACACCCAUCUCCUGCUGGUUGAUAACGGCACCCAUGGGCACCCCACGACAGAGGCCAAGGUGCGGACCCAGCUGGAGAAGUACAUUUCGGAGCGGGUCAUCCCAGAAUCUAAUUACGGUGGGAAGAUCCCAAUUGUGUGUUUUGCCCAAGGUGGUGGGAAGGAGACUUUGAAAUCCAUCAACGUAGCAAUCAAGAGCAAGAUUCCCUGUGUGGUGGUGGAAGGCUCCGGGCGCAUUGCCGAUGUCAUUGCCAGCCUGGUGGAGGCUGAAGGCACUCUUGCUUCUUCCUGUGUCAAGGAGAGCCUGCUCAGGUUCCUGCCUCGCACCAUUUCCAGGCUCUCAGAAGAGGAGACUGAGAGCUGGAUCAAAUGGAUCAAAGAAGUCCUUGAGAGCCCUCAUUUACUGACAGUGAUCAAAAUAGAAGAAGCUGGAGAUGAAAUUGUGAGCAAUGCCAUUUCCUUUGCCCUGUACAAAGCUUUCAGCACCAACGAGCAUGACAGGGAUAACUGGAAUGGGCAGCUGAAGCUGCUGCUGGAGUGGAACCAGCUGGACCUGGCCAGUGAUGAGAUCUUCACCAAUGACCGAAACUGGGAGUCUGCUGACCUACAGGAUGUGAUGUUCACAGCCCUGGUGAAAGACAGGCCCAAAUUUGUCCGGCUCUUCCUGGAAAAUGGUUUGAAUCUGCGGAAGUUCCUCACCACAGAGGUCCUGAGGGAGCUGUACACCAACAACUUCAGCAGCCUGGUGUUCAAGAACCUGCAGAUUGCCAAGAACUCCUACAACGAUGCCCUCCUCACCUUUGUGUGGAAGAUGGUGGAGGAUUUCCGGAGAGGUUUCAAAAGAGAUUACAAAAACAGCAAGGAUGAGAUGGAGAUCCAGCUUUCAGAGGAGUGUCCUAUCACAAGGCACCCAUUGCAAGCUCUGUUUAUUUGGUCAGUUCUUCAGAACAAGAAAGAGUUGUCCAAAGUCAUUUGGGAGCAAACCAGAGGCUGCACUUUGGCAGCCCUGGGGGCCAGUAAGCUCCUGAAAAGCAUGGCCAAGGUGAAGAAUGAUAUAAAUGCUGCUGGUGAGUCUGAGGAACUCGCUAAUGAGUAUGAGACAAGAGCAGUAGAGCUUUUCACUGAGUGCUACAGCAAUGAUGAAGACCUGGCUGAGCAGCUGCUGACUUAUUCCUGUGAAGCCUGGGGAGGGAGCAACUGUCUGGAGCUAGCAGUGGAAGCCAGAGACCAGCAGUUUAUUGCCCAGCCAGGUGUGCAGAAUUUCCUUUCCAAGCAGUGGUAUGGAGAGAUUUCAAGAGAUACUAAGAACUGGAAGAUCAUUAUGUGCCUGUUCUUUUUCCCUUUGAUAGGCUGUGGUUUCAUCUCAUUCAGGAAAAAGCCUGUGGAGAAGAGUAAGAAACUCUUCUUAUAUUAUGUGUCUUUCUUCACCUCCCCCUUUGUGGUCUUCUCCUGGAACGUCAUCUUCUACAUUGCUUUCCUGUUGCUCUUCGCCUACGUGUUGCUGAUGGAUUUCCAGAAGGAACCCACGGCCCUGGAGAUCAUCCUUUACGUGCUGGUCUUCGUUCUACUUUGUGAUGAAGUGAGACAAUGGUACAUGAAUGGCAGCAAGUAUUUCUCAGACCUGUGGAAUGUUAUGGAUACCCUUGCAAUCUUCUACUUCAUAGCAGGGAUUGUGUUCAGGCUUCACUCUGAUGAAAGCUCUUGGUAUUCCGGGAGAGUAAUUUUCUGUUUGGACUACAUAGUUUUUACCCUGAGGCUCAUCCAUAUUUUCACAGUUAGCAGGAAUCUAGGACCCAAAAUUAUUAUGCUGCAGAGGAUGAUGAUAGAUGUCUUUUUCUUCCUCUUCCUCUUCGCUGUGUGGAUGGUGGCCUUUGGUGUGGCCAGGCAAGGCAUCCUGAGGAAGAACGAGCACCGCUGGGAGUGGAUCUUCCGCUCGGUCAUCUAUGAGCCCUACCUGGCCAUGUUUGGCCAGUACCCUGAUGACAUUGAUGGUACCACCUACAACUUUGACCGCUGCACAUUUUCUGGGAAUGAGUCCAAGCCCUUGUGUGUGGAGCUGGAUGCCAACAACCAGCCCCGCUUCCCAGAGUGGAUCACCAUUCCCCUUGUGUGCAUUUACAUGCUCUCCACCAACAUCCUCCUGGUGAACCUGCUCGUGGCCAUGUUCGGUUACACUGUUGGAUCGGUGCAGGAGAACAACGACCAGGUGUGGAAGUUCCAGCGUUUUUUCCUGGUCCAGGAAUACUGCAGUCGCCUGACCAUCCCCUUCCCCUUUGUCAUCUUUGCCUACAUAUUCAUGGUGAUGAGGAAAUGCUUCAAGUGCUGCUGUAACAAAGAAAGCAAAGAGCCAUCCAUUUGUUGCUCAAGAAACGAGGACAACGAAAUCCUGGCAUGGGAAGCCGUCAUGAAAGAAAAUUACCUCGUCAAAAUCAAUACAAAAGCAAAUGAUUCAUCAGAAGAGAUGGUGCAUCGAUUUAGACAACUGGAUGCAAAGCUCUCUGAUUUGAAAGGCCUUCUGAAAGAGAUUUCCAGUAAAAUUAAAUGAGUGCAGCUGAAAUCCAAGAGCAGCUACUGGAGCUGGGUAGCAUGAAUUCAUGAAGAAUAAUUGCUCGGAGCUGGCAGUAAUCCCCAAGCAGGCGGUAACAGAGACACCAGUGUCAAUGUCUCAGCAGGAGUCAGCAGGAUUUUCUUGCUUUUUUUUUGUUGUUGUUGAUCAAACAGCCCUUUCUGCUUGUUGCAAGGUUGUGAUGAAACAGGAGAUGACUGCUUAUCUCCUGGCAUGAUUCCCACAUUACCCAAACUCUUCUCAUCUGCCUAAUGUCCAGUGGCAGCAAUUAGUCCUUGCAAGCUGCUAUUGCAAAGCACUCCUAUUUCAGAGAGUUCUGCUGCUGUUGCCAAAAUCCCUUUGCUUUUCCAUUUCACUCAAAGGGGGCCUGUGCAUGGGUUUCCUUCAGGCACUAAUUGCUUGUCUGAAUGAAAUCAUCUCCGUUCCCAUUCUGUCCUGUAGCAGCCAGAUCUCGCUUGUUCCUUGCACGGGCUGUCAGACCUGUUGGGUGUGCUGGUGUGCUAGAAUGCAGUGGAUUUCAGCAUUAUCUCCCCCAGGAAACCCUUUGGUCCAACCCUGCGUCCCUAUUUCAGACUGUACAGGAACACUGGACUUCUUCCCACUCUAUGUGGAGCCAUGCAGCAGUGCUGAAGUUCAACUACUACAGCGCUGUAUGGGAGAGACUUGAAUUCAUCUAGGAAGUGUCUCCAAAGGCCUUGUGUGCAAUCCUUGCUUGGUUUCUUUAGUCAUAAUUUGUAUCCUAGGAAUGCUGGAAUUCAUUUGACUUCAGCAACAUGCUUUUGCUGAUGUUUGCAUGUGGAAAUGGAGAAGAGAUGGUUGGAAGCUUUAAACAGAGCAAUGCUUGAUAUGGUGAUGUGGCGCUUUGUGUUUUCUGUCUAAAAUGGCAGCUGAAUUUUGUCGCAUUUUGUGUGGUAUAACUGAGGGCACAGCCAAGUGAAGAUACUAUGAAGAUAAAUGGCAUUUAUUUACUUGGCAAAGCAUUUUAUCAAUCUUUCUUCCCAGUGGCUGGGAACCAUGGAAUCAUAUGCUCUCCAGAGCAGAAAGGACCCACAAGGGAGUCCAACCCCUGGCCCUGGGAGGAAGAUGCAGGCCAUGCUGAGAUCUCCUCCCUCUCUCUCCUCCUCUUCAUGCUGUACAAGCCAGUUGACCUCAGCUGUUCCUCAUACAGCUCCCCCUCUUUUUUCCUUGUUGAUCUUCAUGAAUACUCUGCUAGCUUUAUAUCUUUAUCAUACUUACAGGAAUGUUGGUGCUCUUUUUCUCCCUGCAUCUCAUGACCCAAGUACACUGUAUGCAUGACAUCGUUCUGGGGGAUCCAGCACUAAUAAUAGCACUAGCAUUUGUUUAGAUGUGGAAAUGUGUGUGUUUUCUUGCUGAAGAGUUUCUAAAAGAGCCAGGCUUUCACUGAUUACUAUGGCAGUUAGCUUGCAUCAUAAAUUCCUGAGAUACGGUUCCUUUCCAGAAAAUUUUUCCAUAUCACUUGUAUACUUUGGAUGUGAAAACUGGGCUUUUAGUUCACUCCUUUCCAAAAUAAAACCUGUGAGUGCCUGUAGCUCUAGA